GAGAGAGAGGGAAGAGGCGGAGUAGUACCAGAAGCUGGGACAGAUCGGGAAGGAAAAGUUUUUGAAAAGUUUCAGGAGGUUAACCGAGAAUCACAGCAGCCGUGGCCGAGCUGCGGAGGAUAAUACGAGAUUGGGACCUAACGCUACGCUUUCCGGCUAACUUUAUGAAAAAUUCCCCAUCGAUUUUGGAGCCUUUAUUUUUAUGUGAACUCAUUAAAGGAUGUAUUUCUACUAAAAGCCCUACUUGAAACGCUGGAAACGUUUCCACCGAAAUGGAAGGGAAUAUUCCAUGGAUUAUUUUGUCAUUUUUAUUGUUUAUGCAUAUUUGUGAAGGGUUCCUUUGCUUGGAUAAAUACAGACCAUGUGAAAAUGGAGGGACAUGCUUAGAUUCACCCUCUCUAUGCAUAUGUCGUCCCGGAUACAUUGGUCCUCUCUGUCAGCACCUGGAUCCCUGUCAUCGAUCGCCAUGUCUGAACGGAGCAGCUUGCAAGAGCCAGGUGGUCAAUGGUAUCCCACAAUACACCUGUGUGUGCCAGAGAGGGUUCAGAGGCCAAGACUGCUCCCUCAUUGAUGCCUGUGCCACAAGUCCCUGUGCCAAUGGGGCCCGUUGUGCCAAUUGGAAUAACCACUACAACUGUUCCUGCCCACCUGGCUUCCAGGGAAAGAACUGCCGCAAUGACAUUGACGAGUGCCGCAAGCCAGGCGUGUGCCUCAAUGGUGGCCUCUGCAUUAACACCCAUGGGUCCUUCCGCUGCCAGUGCCAACCUGGAUACAGCGGGCGCACAUGUGAGGUGUCCACCCUUCCCUGUGCCCCAUCUCAGUGCCUUAAUGGGGGCACCUGUCGACAGACCAGCGACCAUUCCUACGAGUGUGCUUGCCUACCAGGGUUUGAGGGACACAACUGUGAGAAUAAUGUGGAUGACUGUCCAGGUCACAAGUGUAUGAAUGGAGGAAUAUGUGUGGAUGGAGUCAACACCUACAAUUGCCAGUGCCCACCAGAAUGGACAGGGCAAUACUGUGCUGAGGAUGUCAACGAGUGUCUCAUGCAACCAAACGCUUGCCAUAAUGGGGGUACUUGCUUCAACACCAUCGGUGGUCAUACCUGUGUCUGCGUUAAUGGUUGGACUGGAGAUGACUGCAGUGAGAACAUUGAUGACUGUGCCAUAGCCGUUUGCUUCAAUGGUGCCACCUGCCAUGACCGUGUAGCAUCCUUCUUCUGUGAGUGCCCAGUUGGAAAGACAGGUUUGCUGUGCCACCUUGAUGAUGCAUGUGUGAGUAAUCCCUGCAAUGAGGGGGCAGUGUGUGACACCAACCCCCUUAAUGGCCGUGCCAUUUGCACCUGUCCUGCUGGCUUUGUAGGAGGUGCCUGCAACCAGGACAUGGAUGAGUGUUCAAUUGGUGCCAACCCGUGUGAGCAUUUUGGGAAAUGUGUGAACACAGAGGGCUCCUUCCAAUGUCAGUGUGGUCGGGGCUAUGCCGGCCCGCGUUGUGAGAUUGACAUCAACGAAUGUCUGUCCAUGCCCUGCCAAAAUGAUGCCACUUGCCUGGACCGCAUCGGAGAGUUCACCUGCAUCUGCAUGCCAGGCUACAUGGGGACUUAUUGUGAGAUUGACGUAGAUGACUGUGAGAGCAACCCCUGUGUGAAUGAUGGCAUCUGUCGGGACAUGGUCAAUGGCUUCACAUGCACCUGCCAGCCAGGGUUUACUGGCACCAUGUGUCAGAUCGACAUAGAUGAGUGCGCCAGCACGCCCUGCCAGAAUGGAGCAAAAUGCUACGACCGGCCUAAUGGGUUCGAGUGCCGCUGUGCUGAAGGUUAUGAAGGGACACUCUGUGAGAGUAAUAUCAACAACUGUCAGCCUGACCCAUGUCACCAUGGUACUUGCAUAGAUGGCAUUGCCAGCUACACCUGUAACUGUGAUGCUGGCUACACAGGCUAUCGCUGUGAGAACCAGCUCAAUGAGUGCCACAGCAACCCUUGUCAGAAUGGGGGCAAGUGUGUGGACCUGGUCAAUAAGUACAUCUGCCAGUGCCAACAUGGAACCUCAGGCACAAACUGUGAGAUAAACUUUGAUGAUUGUGCCAGUAACCCAUGUGAUUAUGGCAUCUGCAAAGAUGGCAUCAACCGCUAUGACUGUGUUUGCAAACCUGGCUUCACUGGUCCCAAGUGUAAUGUGGAGAUAGAUGAGUGUGCAUCAAGCCCCUGUAGGAAUGGGGGAACAUGUGUGGAUGAGGAGAAUGGAUUUCACUGCCAGUGUCCUGAGGGCUUUAAGCCGCCUUAUUGUUACUCCCAGGUGGACGAGUGUGGCAGCAGCCCAUGUGUCCAUGGCUCAUGCCGGGAUGACAUCAAUGGUUACCGCUGUGACUGUGAGCCUGGAUGGGUGGGGAAGAACUGUGACCUGGACAGGAAUGACUGUUUGCCGAGUCCCUGCCAGAAUGCUGGCACGUGUAUCGACCAGCUCAAUGGCUUUACCUGCAAGUGUCGCCAAGGCUUCAGAGGUAACCUCUGCCAGGUGAACAUCAACGAAUGUUCAUCCAGUCCCUGUCUGAACAAGGGCUCUUGUGUGGACGGUGUGGCAAGUUUCACCUGUCUGUGUGAGCUUCCUUACAGUGGACCCACUUGUGCUGAGGUCCUCACCCCUUGCUCCCCUAACCCCUGUGCCAAUCAUGCCAUCUGUACACACACACCAGACUACUUGGGCUAUCAAUGUAACUGCCAGCCAGGGUGGCAAGGUCAGUUAUGUAACAUUGAUGUGAAUGAAUGCAUCUCAAACCCCUGCAAGAACCGUGGGACAUGCACUAACACACUUGGAGGCUUCCUGUGCUCCUGCAGAGCUGGAUAUACAGGGAUGACCUGUGAAACAGACGUCAAUGACUGUGCUCCAAAUCCGUGCCUAAGUGGAGGUUCCUGCACAGAUGGUGUGAAUACCUUCCACUGUAGUUGCCUACCAGGCUUCAGUGGGCCCCGCUGUGCUUUAGAGAUCAAUGAAUGCCAGAGUUCCCCCUGCAAAAAUGGAGGCAAAUGCACAGACUAUGUUAACUCCUACACCUGCACCUGUAGGCCUGGCUUUACUGGCAUCCACUGCGAAACCAACAUCCCUGAUUGCACUGAAAGUUCUUGCUUCAAUGGAGGGACGUGCACAGAUAAAAUCAACGGCUAUUCCUGUACCUGCCGCUCAGGCUUCACUGGCUCCCACUGCCAGUACGAGGUCAACGAGUGUGACUCCCAGCCCUGCCUCAAUGGAGGCAUCUGUCAAGAUGCCCUGGAGUCCUUCCGUUGCUCCUGCCCCAAAGGCUACACUGGCAACCGCUGCCAGACUCCAGUCGAUUGGUGCAGACGCUCAUCUCCCUGCCAAAAUGGAGGACGCUGUCGCCAAAAGGAUGCUUCCUUCAUCUGUGAUUGUACUAAUGGCUGGUCUGGACGUUACUGUGACAUCCCUAGGGUCUCCUGUGAGACAGCUGCUCGCCAGAGAGGGCUCCAGACAGAUGAGCUAUGCCACCACAGUGGUCACUGUGUCAACACUGGGAAUACCCACUAUUGUAAAUGUCCUGCUGACUACACUGGAAGCUAUUGCGAAAGCCAAGUGGACCACUGUGAAGACAAACCCUGCCGCAAUGGCGCCACCUGCAGGGGCUAUGUGGGAGGGUACCAGUGUGACUGUAUGCCAGGCUAUACUGGACAGAACUGCGAGAUAGAGAUCAAUGAGUGCCAGUCUCAUCCUUGCCAGAAUGGAGGCACUUGCAUUGAUCUGGUGGGACAUUACAUCUGCUCCUGUCCCCCUGGCACACUGGGUGUUCUCUGUGAGAUCAAUGAAGAUGACUGUGCUCCACCCCUGAGGCUGCGCAGCGCUCCUCCUAAGUGCCUUAACAAUGGCACCUGUGUGGACAGAGUGGGUGGAUACCGCUGCAAUUGUCCCCCUGGAUUUACAGGAGAAAGAUGUGAGGGAGACAUAAAUGAGUGUCUCUCUGACCCCUGCAGUCCCUCCAACAGUCUUGACUGCAUCCAGUUGCCCAAUGACUACCAAUGUGUCUGCAAGCCUGACUUCACAGGUCGGAGGUGUCAGAGCAGGUUCAGUGUGUGUGAGUCUCAGCCUUGUCAGAAUGGAGGAGCCUGUUCUGUAGCCAGCUCUGCACUGGGAUACACCUGCACAUGUCAGCUUGGUUAUACUGGGCCAAAUUGUGAAAGAAGUAUGUCCUGUCGGGAGCUGUCCUGCUACAAUGGAGGUAGCUGUGCAUUUACUACAAGGGGGGCGCGUUGCACCUGCCUGCCAGGUUAUGGCGGGCCCCAGUGUCAGCAUCACAGUAAUGAAGGCUGCUCUUCCCAGCCCUGCCGGAAUGGAGGGUUGUGCACUGAAGAGACCAGCUUCCCAUUCUUCCAUUGCCAGUGUCCCAGUGGCUGGACAGGUAAACGUUGUGAGCAGAGCAGCAGAUCCCCUGAGCUCCCAGCACCCUCAUGCCCCCUAGCAGACUGUCAUGGCAAAGCCAAUGAUGGUAUUUGUGACAAGGAAUGCAACACGUUCCCUUGUCGGUGGGACGGUGGCGACUGUUCUCUAGCAGUGAACCCCUGGGCUCGUUGUGCAGACCCUCGCUGCUGGCGUGUCUUCAACAACAGCCAGUGUGAUGAGUCCUGCAACAACGCUGACUGUCUGUAUGACAACUUUGACUGCAGAAACAAGGAGAAAAUUUGCAAUCCAAUAUAUGAAACCUACUGUAUUGACCACUAUGCUGAUGGACGGUGUGACCAGGGCUGCAACACAGAGGAGUGUGGCUGGGAUGGCUUGGACUGCGCAGGGAAGGUUCCAGAAGAUCUUGCUGAUGGUGUCUUGGUUUUGGUAGUCCUACUGCCGCCAGAGGAGCUUCUCCGCACCAGCACAGCUUUUCUGCAGAAAUUAAGUGCUAUCCUACACACUACACUGCGCUUCCGGCUGGACCACAAUGGAGAAGCCAUGAUCCGCCCCUACACCCGCCAAAAGUCACACUUCAAGCGGGAGCUGCAGCCUCAACAGGAGGUCAUUGGCUCCAUAGUGUACCUGGAAAUAGACAACCGUCUGUGCUCUCAGGGGUCUGAGGACUGUUUCCCUACAGCUGACAGUGCUGCAGAGUACCUGGGAGCUCUGUCAGCUGUAGAAAUGCUCCGCUUCCCUUACCCUAUCAAAGAAGUCCGUGGUGAAAAGAUUGUUUCCGAACCUGAUUUGGUCAAGCUGGUACUGGUGGGGAUAGCUUCUCUUUUCCUUUUGGUCAUCCUUGUGGUUGGCAUGUUGAUUGCUCGUAGAAAGAGAGAACACAGUACCCUUUGGUUCCCUGAGGGUUUCUUCCUCAAAAAGGAACCCAGGGAACACAAGAACCGCAGGGAACCCGUGGGCCAGGAUGCUCUUGGAAUGAAGCACAUGCCAAAAACUGUGGAGGAAUCUCUCCUUGGAGAUCACAGUGAUCAGUGGAUGGACUCAGACUGCCCAGAGGCAAAAAGGCUCAAGGUUGAGGAGCCGAGUAUGCUCUCAGACAGUGAAGAUGCAGUGGACAGCAGGCAGUGGACACAGCAUCACCUUGCAGCUGCAGACAUACGUGUGCCUCCCACCAUGGCCCUCACCCCACCUCAAGGAGAGUUUGAAAGCGACUGCAUGGAUGUUAAUGUCCGAGGCCCAGAUGGUUUUACACCUCUGAUGCUGGCAUCAUUCUGUGGAGGCGGUUUAGAGCCUGAGGUAGCAGAGGAGGAAGAGAAUGAGGAAUGUUCAGCCAACAUCAUCUCUGACCUAAUCUACCAGGGCGCAUCCCUUGCUGCCCAAACAGACCGCACUGGUGAGACGGCGCUCCACCUGGCUGCCCGCUACGCCCGUGCUGAUGCUGCUAAAAGGCUGCUGGAUGCCGGGGCAGAUGCCAAUGCUCAGGACAACACAGGACGUACACCGCUACAUGCUGCAGUGGCUGCAGAUGCACAGGGUGUCUUCCAGAUUCUGAUCCGAAACAGGGCUACAGAUCUCGACUCCCGUAUGUAUGAUGGUUCCACUGCGCUGAUCCUGGCAGCACGGUUGGCAGUAGAGGGCAUGGUAGAGGAACUCAUCACUUGUCAUGCUGAUGUCAAUGCAGUUGAUGAAUUGGGUAAAUCUGCUUUGCACUGGGCUGCUGCCGUUAACAAUGUGGAUGCCACUGUUGCCCUGCUGAAGAAUAGUGCAAACAAAGAUAUGCAAGAUCUCAAGGAGGAGACCCCUCUGUUCCUUGCAGCCCGUGAGGGCAGCUGUGAGGCUGUGAGGGUGCUGCUGGCUCACUUUGCAAACAGAGAGAUCACAGACCAUAUGGACAGGUUGCCAAGGGACAUUGCUCAGGAGCGUAUGCACCACGACAUUGUGCAGCUUCUUGAUGAGUACAACACAGUAAGGAGUCCACAGGGCCAUGGAGGGGUUGGACACCACCUCACUGGGGGACACACUCUGUCUCCUGUCAUGUGCCCUCCCAGCGCCUUCCUACCUAGUCUGAAGAAUACCCCACAGGGCAAGAAGAACCGUCGGCCUGGGGCCAAGGGUUCUAGCCUGGGAGGCCAACAUGCUGUCAGUCUGAAGGAGUCAGUCAAGGCCCGCAAUAAGAAGCUGACCUUGGACAUGCAGAGUGCCUUACUGGAGAGCUCAGUUACCCUGUCCCCAGUCGACUCACUGGACUCACCCCACGGGGGAGCUAGCAAUGCUGGCUACAUCACCAACCCCACUUCCCCCGUGGCCAUGCAGUCACCAGGGCUCUUCCACUCCUCCAUGUCUGUCCCAAAUACCCCAAUGGUACAUAGUAGUAUGUUGGAAGGAGGUGGCCCCUUUGCUGUGUCUCUAGCCCAACUCAAUGAUCUGGGAGCAGGAGGAAUGUCCUUGCAGGGACGUGUCUCCAUGGCUUCUGAUGUUAACCAUGGAUAUGUGCUGAGUUCAGGCCAGAUGGGUCUCAACAUGGGCAUGGUCAGUCCUGUCAGUGUGCCCUUUGACUGGCACAACCGGAUGCCCCCCUCCUCCCAGUGUGGUCAGCAGGUGGUGAAUCUUGUGCAGAGUAGCCAGGCAGGCAUGCACCCCCAGAGCCCAGCCAUGCAGCAGCAGAACAUGCUGAUGCACCAACAGCAGUUAUACCGUAAUUCCAUGCUACAGCCCACACCUAUUACUUCCACACCCACUAUCAGCCCAGUCAAGCUGCCCUCCAUUGCUGAGCAGCAGCAGCAGCAACAACAACAGCAGCAGCAGCAGCAGCAGCUCAUCAGCCACACCAUUACCAACCAGCAGAGCAUGGCCCGCAUGGGCACCUCCACCCCACCGACACCCCAGACCUCCCAGCCCCCACCAGCCUUCUUCCAGCCGCAGCAGAUGCCUCAGCAACCUUCUCAGCCACAGCCUCCUGCUCAGCCCCCACAAGCAGCCACGGCAGCAGCCCAGCCCACUCAGGCUCUGCCCUCCCAGCCUAGUAUGAGCACUGCAGGAACGGAGGAUUACCCAACCCCUCCCUCCCAGCACAGCUACUCAUCCGCACUAGAUGCCACGCCCAAGCAUUACCUUCAUUUGCCCAGUGAGCACCCUUACCUUACCCCCUCCCCAGAGUCUCCAGAGCCCUGGUCCAGCCCUUCUCCUCACUGCGUCUCUGAUUGGUCAGAUUCCACACCCAGCCCAGCAGUUGCUGGCCCUGCCCAGACCCAAAUUACUCAAAUCCCAGAGGCCAAUGGCAAGAUGCAGGUGUUUGCGUGAAGCUCUCAUGGCCCCUGUUUGAAAGGGGACUUGGUGUAAAAGAAAUUGUGGACUGGCUCUUGGGCCUGUCUGUGUUUAUGUGUCAGCCUGUUUCCAAGAUUUUCAUUGGAUUUGGAUUGACUACGUUCAUCAUGAGGACCGUCUGCUAGUGAUUUUUGCAGAGAAAAAAGUAAAGGGAAAUGUUUGUUGUCUGAAAAAAACAGCAGACAAUUUAAUGAAGUAAUUCUGUCACAGAUGGACUUGUUUUUUAUUAUAAAAAAAGUAUAUGAAGAAAACCAAGUCUUUCAUUUCAAAGACUUAGGGAUGCUCUCCUGGAAACUAACAAACAUUUAAAAAGUAGAUAAGAGGAAAAAGUAAAAUGUUGAAGGGAAUUCAUUUAUUUUUAUUUAUUGUUUUUAUCUCUCUGAACUGCUUUUUUAGGUGUUUUCAAACUCUUUCUGUCCUAGCUUCUCACAUAAUGUGCCCCCCCCCCCCCCUAUUUUAUACGGACCGCCUACAUUUCUAUUUAGCCAGUGUGGCAAGUGAUGGUAAAGGAAUAUAAUUCAUCAUUCAGACCAGUUAACAGACAGACAGAGGAAUUUUCACCUCUCUUGACGGAUAUUUAUUUGGGCCAACAACGGCUGGUAAGGAUGAUAAACUGGUUCUAACAAAUAUAUAUUAAGAGUUGCUCAGCAGUAGUGAUAUGUUCUGAUUUGAUUGAAUUGUGGUAACUGAUUACUUUCCAUAUGAGUGUUAUGAAUAAGAAUGUGUCUCUGAAGCACUUCAAGUGACCAGCCUCAAAGGGCAAGUGUGGGUCGAAUACAACAUUUAACUACAAUGGAUAUUUAUGAUAUGUGGGUGGCAUUUUCCUUAUGACCUUUCAAAGUAUAUCAGCAGAGUAAAGUUUUAGGUGCAAUGCUCCCAUUUCAACUGUAGUUUCUCACUGACUCUACAUGAAUCUUACCUCCAGUUCUACUGUCAGCCCUGAUACCGUCAGUUUUAAGCUUGUUUUCAUUCACUUUUUGUUUCUCUGUUUCAAACAGAGAAUUGUUUUGCCUAUAAAAUCAGCUUCUCACUGCCCUUUCUAGUUUAUGUUUAAAUUUUUUGCUUGUUGUUUUAUACUCUGUAUAUUUGUGAAAAUCAUGGACACCUUUUUUUAAACAUCACUUCGGAUGUACUAAGUUAUGCUUAUCAGCUGCUAUUUUAUAUCAUUCCUCCCUGCAAACAUUCCUCCAUUUUGCCUGUCUUGUUGAGUCUGGAUGCUGUGCCUUUCAGCAGCAUCCAACAGUAGAAUCAGAUGACAGGCAUGUAGAAGUUUAAUUUGUUGCAUCAUGUCCUUCACUGGACUAUCUGUGGCAGUUGAGGUCUCGUUGACACUCUCACCUCGUCUUUGGUGAUGUCUGUGGUGGAGUAGUGGUCAGUGUGAGGGUGUGGCUGCUGGGCUGUGACUGCUUGUGCCCUGUCACUCCUCAGGGAGGUGUUUUAUGGCAUGCAGUGGGACAGUUCCCCUGCAUCUACAGUAGCUUCCAGUCCAGGGGCCGUGGAGCUACAUCUUAAGAUGGUUGUUAGAAGAGACUGAAGGAAAGAACACUACUAUGUAGUGCUGCACCCUUUAACUUUUUACAAAAUUCUGAGAUGACACUCCCAGUCAUCCAGCUAACACCUUGUGUAAUGUCUGACCAACUCCUCCCCACAUGACCUGAGUGUGUAGGAUAGAGGUCAUCCUCUCCUUAACAUACUGAGGACAUUUCAGCAUAAAGUCAAGUGAUAAUAGAAUUUUGAGAAAGUAACCUUUGCAUUUUCAGCUUGUGACAUCAUGAACAGAAAUGAGUAGGCCACCACUCCUAGCUACUACUUUUGUGGUGACCUAACACUGCCCCUAGUUGUGUCAUAGACUGAGUUUAUAUUUCAUUCAUUGUUUUAUCCUAUAGACUCAGCUACUGUUCUGUCAGACCGAGAAAACGUGUUUGUUUGAAAAUGUUGUUGUUCAUAAUCCAGUUCACAUUUUACUUACAAGGAAACCUGUUUUUUGUUAUUUUUUUUAUUUUUAUAUAUAACUGGUCUUUCAGUUUCCCUACCAGGUCACACUAAGUGUGUUGUACAUUUCAGCCUCCCAACUUCUGUUUGUAAAUAUGUUUGUUCUGGGUAGAUCUUUGCUUGAGAAGUCUCAUGUUUCUAAAAUGAUUAUGUACUAAAAAGGACAAAAAUAAAAUGUACUUCAUUUAGCAUUAUUUGAAGCUAAGGCUGUGACUGAUAUUUUAUUGGUCUUGUGUUAUUAGAACAGUCAUAGAUAUUUCUAUCGUUAUUAAUUUCGAUACUUGUUUAAAAGUAGUUCAAAAUCAUUGUAUAUAAAACCUUUCCAUGGUUUUUCUUUCUACAGUCUAAGUUGUAAAAUAAGUUACUUAUAAUAAAAACUAUAGGGAACUACA